AUGAAGCUGAAACUAGAACUAGAGGACAAAGUCGUAAUAACAAGUCGAGCCAUCACACCGAAUGACACUGAAGAAGCCCAGACCCCUCAUCCUGCAUCUGAUCUCAAGACCCACCAGCCUGAGGUAGGGGCCAAGGGUCAAGAGCAUGCAGACACAGGUGACAGAUCAGGAAGUUCAGAGGACGCGGCUGUAGGAAGACAUCCGAUGGAUAAAGCAGAGCACAAGAGCACCCCACAUUCUCAGGACCCAGAGCGGGAGCGUCACCCCGCCUCGGAGCAUCUGGGUGCAGAGGCCCUGCAUCUGGAUCCUGCCUGCUCCCAGAGCAACAAGGGAGGAGGAGCAGAUGCACACCUGGGGAGCAGGUCUGAAGCCCCCCCAGAGGGAGCAGGGGACAGAUGUGACGCUGCUCGGGAGCCACUUGCUGCAGACGCCACCACCGAUGUCCAGAGUCCUGAUCACUGCAGUGCAGGCCCAGGGAGCCAGGAUGUACUGAGGAGGCGCCUGCCUGUGCCAGACUCUCAAAAGGAUUUGGAAAAUGAUCCCUCAGUCAGCUCUCAAGCCCAGGGCACCAUAGUCACACCGAAUGACACUGAAGAAGCCCAGGCCCCACAUCCUGCAUCUGAUCUCAAGACCCACCAGCCUGAGGUAGGGGCCAAAGGUCAAGAGCAUGCAGACACAGGUGACAGAUCAGGAAGUUCAGAGGACGCGGCUGUAGGAAGACAUCCGAUGGAUAAAGCAGAGCACAAGAGCACCCCACAUUCUCAGGACCCAGAGCGGGGACGUCACCCCACCUCGGAGCAUCUGGGUGCAGAGGCCCUGGAUCUGGAUCCUGCCUGCUCCCAGAGCAGCAAGGGAGGAGGAGCAGAUGCACACCUGGGGAGCAGGUCUGCGGCCCCCCCAGAGGGAGCAGGGGACAGAUGUGACGCUGCUCGGGAGCCACUUGCUGCAGACGCCACCACCGAUGUCCAGAGUCCUGGUCACUGCAGUGCAGGCCCAGGGAGCCAGGAUGUACUGAGGAGGCGCCUGCCUGUGCCAGAGGCCGGAAAUCCUGAAGAAGAGAUGCAGUUGGUGAAGGAAAAGGAAGAGAUUGCACAGGAUACCCUGAGAAAGAUUGACAAAAAGAAUCUCUGGAGCUAUGGGCCUGUGUUUCUCGUCUGCCUCUUUGUGGCUUUUGUGCUAAGUUCCGUCAACAGCUACUAUUCCUCCCCAGCCCAGCAAGUGCCCCAGAACCCGGCUCUGGAGGCUUUCCUGGCUCAGUUUAGCCAACUGCAGGAUAAGUUUCCAGGCCAGAGUUCCUUCCUGUGGCAGCGAGGACGUAAGUUUCUCCAGAAGCACCUCAAUGUCUCCAGCCCCUCUGAGCCUGCCACCCUCAUCUUCACGGCUGCCCGAGAGGGGAAGGAGACCCUCAGGUGCCUGAGCCACCACGUGGCCAAUGCCUACACCUCUUCCCAGAGAGUGUCUGCCGUCUCCAUAGACGGGGCCAAAAGAGCCCAGCAGGACAGCGACACAGUCAAGCUGUGGGUUGACGUGGAGCUCAGCAGCGGGUUUGAGAACGGCCACAAGGCUGCCGUGGUCCACCGCUUCGAGUCCCUGCCUGCAGGCUCCACCCUGAUCUUCUACAAGUACUGCGACCACGAGAACGCCGCCUUCAAAGACGUGGCCCUGGUCCUGACCGUCCUGCUGGAGGAGGAAACACUAGAAGCAAGCGUAGGCCCCAGGGAGACCGAAGAGAAAGUGAGGGAUUUACUCUGGGCUAAGUUCACCAACUCUGAGGCUCCCAGCUCCUUCAGCCACAUGGACGCAGACAAGCUGAGUGGGCUCUGGAGCCGCAUCUCCCACCUGGUGCUGCCCGUGCAGCCCGUGAGGAGCAUCGAAGAGCAGGGCUGCCUUCUGUGAGGCCAGGUUGAAGGGGCAGGUCUGGGGGCUCCCUUCCCCUGGGAGGAGACAUGACCUUAUUUUUAAAAAAGCUUUCUUCUUCUUUUUUUUUUCCUUUUGUAAAAACUUAAUCUAAACUUUGAUAAAGCUAACAAUUGGCCUGAUGGUUUUCUUUGCCUUUUUAAGCAAAUCAGGCUUAGAGUACAGCAAGAUACAUAACACUGAGGGAUUGUUUAAAUGUCCAAUCCAGGCGUAGAAUCUUUGCACAGGAAAAUCUGAUUUUCAGAGGGACUUCAGCAGGGCUGCUGCCUUGGGAGGACUCCACAGAGCCUCUUGGACAGUGUUCCGGACUCAGACUAGUAAUCCCAGUGAUUUCAGGGAACGCUCCUACCACAUAGGAAGUAUUUUUAAGACUCACUUUAAUAAGGCAGUUGUUGGGUUGUGUCUUACACAGAUUUGCACUUUGAGUAGAUGAAAACAGGAAACUAGAAUUCAACCCUCCAAAUCCGACCUAAGAACUUGGUUCGUGUAUGCUUUUAUUCCACUAAUGAGCUGAGGUAAAAACAGCUUUGUUAAAAAACAAAUGUUCCGGAGUAUUAGAAUCACUGUAGGAAUUGUUAGUAACCACUGGGAAUGAAGAAAUCCCAACUGGCUGUAUCGUUUCUCUGUGCCUGCCAGCAGCCCCCUCCUGCAUAUGAGAACAUCUCUACUCAACAUUUUCUGUUAAGAUUGCAGUGGAGCACCGCUUCACUGAGAAGGAAGUUUGAACCCCAUUGAUGCAGCAAAAGCACAUUCUAGAAGCUGUGACCUCGGAUGGGAAGAGAUGGAAGCGUUAAAGCUUAGGAGUAGGAAGAUGGAGUAAGGUUUGCUGUGCAGGGCGGUAGAGACCUGCAGAUGAGACACGGUAGGGUGUCGAGGCGUGGCCUCUGGCUUUGUCCUUUUCUCCUCUUCUGCCUCUGCUGCUGGAAUUUCACAGCUGUCUAUGUGAGAGUUUGAGUGCCGUUUCCGAAGAGAUGUCGGUCUCAGCAGCUGGCAUGACUUUACCACAUGGGCUUUGCUAUGCCAUGAUGGGACAUUUCAUUCGUCUCUUGACAGCUAGUUAGAAAUGCCAUUAGGGAAGGAAUUGGAGAAAUGAAAGAGGAUGUCCUACAUAGGGAAGAGAAAGAGAAACCAUGGCCAAUAUCAGUUGUUAAGCCAUGCCCCAUGAUGGUUAGGCUGGGCCCAGUAGCUGUUGAUAGGCAUAUGAACUCUAAAGCGCUAGUAAAAUGAUCUGGUCUGUUCCAUUACGCGGAUGGGAAUAGCCCUGGAAUUUUGCACUAAGUUUUGGCUCGUCUGCUGCUAUGAGAUCAUGUAUAUAAUUAAGAAGUUAAGUUAUUUGAAUCUGGAGGGAUUUUAGGAAACACUAAGAAGAUCUCUAUUGAUAAUUAAAAGGAUCAUAAAGACAUGGGGUGGGGAGUGAUCUGAAACCAUUUACCACAGAAAGAACACAGACUGGCUUUGGCCAGAGCCUUUGGUGUACUCAGUUCAGUGUAGAGACACACAUGAAGACACAGUACAUAUUUGGCAUUUUGAAGGAAUCGUCAAUAGAUUUGAGAAAAGACCCUAAACACAAAGUUUAAGCAUAGUGAAUGGAAUUUGAGUUUCAACCCAGUGUAAAACAGAGGGACUGAAGAAAAAUCUGUAUGCCAUAUUUGAUUUUUUUUUCUGUAUUCUAGACUUCUGCUUGUUUGUUUUGAAUGCUAGUCUAGACUUGUCCUAGGGCCCUGGCUGGCCAGGUCCUCAUUCCGGUCCAAGGCUGACUUUGAACGUACGGUAAUGUCUCCUGCCUCAGUUUCCUGAGUGCUGGGGUUAUAGGUGUAUACCAUCACACUCAGCUUUAAUUUCAGCCCUUAGCUGUUAGCAUGUUAACAUUAACAGGUUAACAUUUCACAUAGAACCAAAGGUGCCUUGCAGAACUGAUAUGCUGGUCUUCAGCCUGUGCUACCUCAGACUGCAGGGGAACAGGUCUAAAGUAUGUGUACACAGUCUAUGUCGGGUGGCUCUGAUCACGGGUGAAAAAUUUUCUUCAUUCAAUUGAAUAUAGUUUUAUAUAAUUUGCUGUCAACAUAAAUUUAGGAUAUAAUACAUUUCUAAAAUUUAGUUAUUUGUCAAUUUUUUUACUGCUGACUGUUAAAAUACACUUUUCCUUCUAUACAUAAGUACAAUCAACUGAGACUAGUCAGUUUUCUAUCCACUAUUUCAAAAACCCUUUUUUUAUAUUUAAUUUUUUGUUUUUUCAAUAGUGGGGAUUGAACCCAGGGCCUUAACAUUUGAGGAAAGUGUCCUACCACUAAGCUACAUCCCCAGACCUUACACAUCAUUUUGAAAAGAAGCAUACAUUAGUUUGAUGUCAGAAUGAGUGAUUCUGUUUUUGAUGCAGUCUUUACAUAGCCCAAACUAGUGAUUCUCAGGCCCUAGACUUCUGUGUGGUGGGAUUAUAGGAGUGUGCCACCACACCAACUUAAUGUAAUUACUUUUUAAACAAAAAUAUAUUUUAAAAUGUACACAUAAUUAAAAUCUGUUAUCUGAUGUAUUGUCUUCUAGUCCAUUGUUUUUUACUUUUUUCAGUUUUUCAUCCUUGUGUGUGUGUGUGUAUAGUCAUUAUUUGUGAUUAAUUUGCUUGACUUAGAAAAAUUAUUCACAGUGACAUGACAGCACACACCAUGUUUGAACAUAACAGUUUAAUUAGUGCCAUAGAACAAAAAUACAUAUAUUUGUUUGUUUGUUUUUUUAAUGGGAAUCUCUUCUUGAGUAAUACCAAGUCCCAGAAGCAAGCAGGGGAAUUGGAAAUUGUUUUUGGACUUGGGUUUUUCCCUUUCAGGUAAAAUUCAGAUUUUUAAGUUAGCUUUCAGAGAUUAGCAAAGAAGUUCUAGAGAGUUCUUACCAUAGAAAUAAUUUUAGAAAUUUUAGAAAUUUAGAAAUAAAUUUAGUAAAUUUCACCUGGAAGCCCUCAGGUAGUGAGGCUUGGCCCGUGGCCCACCCUGACCGUUGGCUGACAACAGAGCAUUGUCUCACGGCCUUGGGUUUAUACUUCUCCUUGUUAAAGACAGGAGCGUUGUGAGCACUGAUGUUAGGAUGUGACUGACAGAUGUGGCCUGUGAAGGUGGAGAUAAUGCAGCAAGAUGAUUUUCACCAACACACUUACUUUCUCUAGCUCACCAAGAUUUCUUAACCACCGACUUUGCCUUUAUGCAUUUACAAAUGAAAUGGCUUUGACGGUACUGAUGUCAGACUUGCUCAUGUCACCACGGAUGCUUUUUGCAUUUGUUUCCAUAUUGAUGAUGUCAAAUGUGCCUUAUUCAAAUCAACUGCUGGUUAAUAUACAAAUAAAUCUCCUUAAUUUUU